UUUCUAGCAUAAAAUACUGUGUGACAUUGGGUGAGGGCGCCGGUGCUAACAUAAUAGCCCGAUUUGCGCUCAAUUUGAUAACAUUUUCAGAUGGCUAAUCCGGAAAGAGUUUUGGGCAAUAUAUUAAUUCACUGCACGUGUAGUGUCGAGAGUGUUAUGCAAUACUUUCACGACAAAAUGAUGACUUGGAAAUUGAAUACAUUGGGCAUGAAUUCCACUGCUGAACAGUAUCUGGUAUUCCAUAAGUUUGGAGCGACAGUGAGCGGACAGGACAGGGAACGUGUGAUUCAGGAUUACAUUCAGAAACUGCACAGUCGCGGACAGAUCUGACGCCACAGCUUAAGGAGAAAAUGAGAAUCGAUUCGAUGCUAACCUC